UUUGAUUGGUUGUUCGAUUGUGGUGUCAUUCCUUCAGAAAACAACCAUGGCGGACCAGUUAGGUUGGUCGUUUGGAGCCGAUGGAUUUCCUGACUUAGGAACAGAUUUUCUAGGUUCGAAUUCCUUUGACAAUGGCAGUUUCGAUGACAUAGAUGAUAUUGUGAAGUACAUUUGUCCAGAAAAUGUGACUGAUACAUUUGACACAGUGCCUGAUCCCACCCCAGCAGACAUCCUUCUGCAAGAUGCACAGCUGAACACAGGAGUGAUAGACAUCAAAGAUGAAGUAUCAGACUUUGAGUUAGGAGAGCAACUGCUGAUGUCUCAUGUCCAGCAGCCAUUUCAACAAAACACAAAUCAACAAACUCUAUUUUCAUUUGGUGCAGAAUCUCUUGUUGACCCAGUUCCAGUGAAUAAUACUCCGCCUCCGGCUUUGAACAUACAGUUGAGUAGUGCUCAGCAGUUGCAGCAGGCUGUGUUAAAGCUUCAGGCUGCACAGAGACAAAGCCAGGCUUCACAGCAACAACAGAAACAAGUUCAGUUGUUGCAGUUGCUGCAACAACAUCAGCAGCAAAAGCAUCAACAAAAACAACAGCAGCAACAACAACAACAGCAGCAACAACAGAAAGUGACUUUAACAACAGAUCAAUUAAAACUUUUGUUGUUGGAAUAUCAAAAUAGACAGAACAAUCGUGCACCACAGACCCAAACAGUGCAACAAAAAAGCAGUGGCAUAACUGUGCAGCAGUUACAACAGCUGUCCCAGCUACAAACUCUGCUCAAGAGUGUUGACACCAGCAAUGUUAGCACCCAUCAGCUUCAGUUGCCUGGUGGCCAGUCACCGGUACAAGCCUCCAGCCCGAUCUCCAUCCAGAAUUACAACUCCCCCUCCCCCAUACAGCUUACUUCCUCCCCCACUUACAUCCAGACUCCCACACCCGUACAGAUCCAGUCUAGUCCCAGCCCGGUGGCCACUCCUAUCUCUGUUCUUCAGCAGACUGCCACCAUGACCAAACCCAUCAGCACUGCGGUUCAUUCCAUACAGAAUGUAGUCAACAGCGGCAGCACGUUUGUCACCACAAACAUACCCAUACAGGUUGUUGAAAAUGAGAAACUUCCAAUUAACCGUCUGAGUAGAAAUGAGAUGGGAGGCAGGCCGGUGAAAGGGGAAAAGAAAACUUCUCACAACGCGAUUGAGAAGAGAUACAGACUCAGUAUAAACGACAAAAUCACAGAGCUCAAGGACCUUGUGGCUGGCACAGAAGCCAAGUUGAACAAGUCUGCUAUCCUGCGCAAGGCAAUUGACUACAUCAACUUCAUUAAAGGCCAGAAUGAGCGACUCAAGAGAGAGAACCUGCAACUGAAGAUGGCUGCCAGAAAACAAAACCUUCAGGAGUUGUUGUUACUUUCCAAGGACACCACAGAGGAUCUUGGAUACCUGACUCCACCCUCAUCUGAUAUCAACAGUGACAGUGAGGUGUCGUCUCCUGGUAGCCCGGUCUUUGAGGAAAUGGACUCAUCCGAGAACAGUUUAUCCAACGGGUUUACCAAUAAUGGUAUGGCAGACAAGACCAGGUUUACCCUGUGUGUGUUUAUGCUGGGUGUACUUGCCUUCAACCCGUUUGGAGCCAUCCUGGGCACGGCUGGGAUAGGGGGUGGGGAGUCGUACAGUGGCGGGUUUGCUGGAAGACAGCUACAGGGUGUCGAGGAACUCACUGCUGGCACGUGGUCAGUGUGGAACUCUGGCUUAAUCCCAACCAUGCUUCUCUGGCUGUUUAAUGGACUUGUGGUGGCAUUCGUACUUGCCCGUCUCUUUAUAUUUGGGGAGCCAGUGACAGCCAAGAACAGCGAUGCCUCAACUGCCUACUGGCGACACAGGAAUCAGGCGGAGCAGGACUCAGCUAGGAGUGACUUCUCAGCUGCAGCAAACCAAUGGGGACUUGCCUUGCAAGCCCUCAGACGCCCUUUGCCAACAUCAAAACUAGACCUUGCAGCAAGCCUUGUGUGGCAGACCUUCAGACAAGUCCUGCAUAAGCUUUAUGUGGGUCGCUGGCUGUUCUGUCGGGCGGGGGGCAUCAGGAGACGAACUGUGGACAAGUCCGAUGUGAAGAACUCUGCUAGAGACGCUGCUGUGGCCUACUUCAGGCUUCAUCAGCUGCACCUGGCUGGCUUGAUCCCUGGCAGCGAGAUGUGGGGGUUGAACCUAGGCCUUUGUGCUGUGAACAUGGCUGAGGCAUCCGGCGAGGUCACAUCAGGCAGCGUGAAGGCUGAGAUCUAUAUCUCAACAGCUCUCAGGGUCACAAUGGGCAGAAUGAAGUUACUCGCACGUUACUUCCUGAGCUGUGCCCGGUACACCAUGUCCCACUGCCUUGACCCUAUCCCGGCGAGUAUCCAUUGGCUUUGUCACCCGGAAGGUCACAGAUUCUUUGUGGACCAGGACUGGACUCUGGGCUGCAAGGACAGCAUCUACACCACAUGUCCCUCUGCUGCCGACCCACUAGCUCAGGUGACCCAGCAGUUCCGAGAACACCUGCUUGAGCGGUCUCUAUACUCCCUGAUUACACCCAGCAACCGUAGUCUUGAGGGUGGCUCACAGGCCUCCGAGGUCCUACUGUACACGCAACUCCUGGCUGAGGCCUCCAACCUGGACAAGAAGGAUGGGAAUCGUGGUGUUGGGCUGGAGAUACCAGAACUAGACGAGGCAUCUGCAUGGUGGGCCGGUGUUGUUUCCAUAGCGAUCUAUUGGCUGAUGGGAGAUGAUGAAAAUGCAGAAAGAAGCUAUCCACUUGUUGACUCCUUCCCGAGGAAACUACAAACUUCCGAUGACCCUCUACCAAAAUCAGUGCUCGUGGCCUUCAGAGCAAGGAGGAACCUGCUAAGCUCCAGCCAGAGCUCCAACCAUUACACAAUCAUCCGUCAGUGUGACCGUGCCGGCAAGUUACUGAGAGAGAGCCUUAAACUGUCAUACAGCAGGGAAAAUACACACAUAACACAGGUUUUACAGCUGUUGGUGUGUGACUGGCUACUGGCUACUCGUACAGAGGUCUGGGAGCGGGAACAGAACAGCGGGGAGCGAGAGAAUGCCUCCCAGACAGAGCUGAUUGCCUUCCAACAGGACCUAGCCAGUCUCCGCAAGCUGGCACAGGAUAACAAGGCUGCACUGCACAGGGUAUUUUUACAUGAAGCCACAAGUCGUAUGAUGGCUGGCGCCAACCCAGCCCGUACACAACAGUUGCUGGACAGAAGUAUUAUUCGCAGGCGUAUAUCACAGGAGGAAAAAGAAAUAUCAGAGGAUUCAGACAACGAUACACCCGAUCGUGAACAAGCCACAGCCCUACUGAUGGCAGGCCGACACUUACCGGAGUCACUGAUGGCAGGUCCCGGAGAUAGGGCUACAUUGAUCUCGGAGGCUAGCAGACUUUAUGAGGUUCUGGGAGAUAGGAAGUCAGUACAGAGCUGUCGAAGAUCUCUUAUGUUGCUUGAAGAACAUUCGCAUGUGCAGCAACAGACAACAGUGCAGUGCUAGUGUUUGUCUGUUUAAAGAACAUCGUUGAUCAUUUGAUUGUUUCAUAGUGACUUCCGGCUGUACAGUGUAAGACUGCCUUUGUGUGCAUGAGACAUGGUUGAAUAAGCUUUUUUGCUUGGAAAAAAUAUUAUCUUUCAAAAUCAUAAUGUUACCCUUAUUUACCAUGAAUUGGCAUAAGGGACAGUUUUCUUCUGCCCAUUAAUCCAUGAUUAUAAAUAACACAUAGUUAACAAUUUUAACAAUCCUCACUCCAGAUUUACAAAUAUUGAAUGUAUUUUUUCAUUCAUUUGUUUAGCUAUUUUAUUUUUAUUUUUUUUCCUUCUUUUGCAAUUGUUACUGCGAAGAAAGGUUAAACCUUUCAAUUGAUGCGGAGCUGAAAUUGAAAUUCUGUUUAUUUUCGUUGAUUUUCAUUUCAUGUUUCACUUCAUACAAAAGAUUGCACAUAUUUUAUUUGUUUUAGUUAAGGUAGUAACUUCAUGCAUUCUUUCCAUGUUUUUUUGUAUUUGUUCAUGUUCCGUUUGUUUGUUGUAUUUAUUUGUCUGAGGCAGAUGAAAGUAUGAAUGAUAAUAUGUACAUGUACAUUCUGAAUUAAGGUCUUUGUAAAUAUAUUGUUGUGAAUAAACAUGCAUAGAUUA